AUGAAGACCUGUAAUAGGAAUAAUUAUUGUUUAUCUCAAAAUAUAUUGGAUAAUAAAAAUAAAAUAAAUUGUAUUAAUUCAUUGACUAUUUGUUCAGAUAAUAAAUAUGAAGAAAAUGAAAAAAGAAAGGAAAUUUCUUUAAAUAUAUCAAAAUGUAGAUAUAUUCUAUUGCCUAUUGUUGGGAUAUUAUAUAUAUUCCUAUUGAAUAUAUUAACAUAUAAGGGAAAUGUAUCCACGAAUAUACAAUUUAAGAAUACAUUCAUAAGAAAUUUAAGUAUGAAAGAACCUUCCCUUAAGGAAGUUCGUAAGCGUUAUGAACGGACUUUAAUGGAUUUAGGUAAGAAUUUUAUGGGAACGGCAAAGAGUUUGAUAAAAAAAAAAUUUAAAACUAGAAAAGGUGUAUUUAGUAAGUAUUCAAUUUUAUUCACGAAUUUAUUAAACGAUGAUUUAUGGGAUCGAUUUGAAAUAAAUCAUCAUAGGCUAUCAGAUGUAAAUGAUUAUAUAAAUGAUAUAGAUCUUGAAUUAAAUAAGAAACUUGUGUUAUUGAAUAAUAAAAAUAAUAGUGAGCUUAGAAUACAUACUAUUUGGCAUGAUGUAAUGAAUAAUGAAAAAGAAAAAUUUAAAUCAUGUCAUAUGUAUUUUAAUAAUAAUUAUGUUCAUUUAAGAAAUCAUUAUAAAACACCUUUUAAUUAUGCAAAACCAACAUGUAACCAAUGUAAUGAAUUUUUUUUAAUAGCGCAAAAAUAUGUUGAAAAUUCAUUUAAUAAGGUUUUUAAUAAAUGGUUCAAAAAUAAUGUAUAUUUAGAUUCAAACGAAUUUAAGGUUAUUGUAGUGGCCUGUAGGUUGUUAUGGAGAAAAACAUUGGCAGCAUUAAAAAAAGAGGGUUUACUUUAUCUGAAGAAACCAUUUGAAGCAUUGCAUCAUGAAAGAAAAAAAAUUCAUAAAAGGGGUGGAUAUGCUUUGAAAUUUAGUGCUGAAGAGUUUUAUGAAAAAAAUCCAAAUUUAGUUACUUACAAAGGAAGUCAUUUAUUUAAUUCACUUAAAAACAUAAAUUUAGAGGAAGAAGAAGAAGAUGAUGAUGAUGAAGUAGAAAACGAAAAAAAAAAACAAGAAGAAAACAAAGACAAUAAAAAAGAGGAGGAACAUACAUAUGAAGACAAUGAAGAUAAUGAAGAUAAUGAAGACAAUGAAGAUAAUGAAGAUAAUGAUGAUUAUGAAGAUAAUGAUGAUUAUGAAAAUGAUGAUGAUUAUGAAAACUAUGAUGAUUAUGAAAAUUAUGAUUAUUAUGAUGAAGAACAAUAUUACAAAAAUGAGGAAUUUAUUGUUGAAGGAACAAGUGAGCAACCAUCGUAUGAAUAUAAUUAUCAUUAUGAAGAACCAUUUAUAUUAACCCCUGAACUUAUUGGAGCAAUUGAAAGGGCAGUCGAAAGAGAUGUUGAAAGAGAAGUUGAGAGAAGAACUGAGAAAUUAAUUCAUGAUGAAUGGAAAAAAAUACUUGUAAAAGAAAUAAGAGAUAAACCAAAAAAAAAAGUAAGAUUUAAUUUAUAA